AUGCAUGGAGCAGUAGACCUUCCGUGUCAUCACACGUUUUGUAGUGAAUGUAUCAGACGAUGGUUGAGUGUGAAAGAAAUCUGUCCAAUAUGCAAAAGACCAACAAAACAACAAGAAAUUAAAGCAAAUAUUGAAGUUCAAGAGAGAAUCACAAAGAAGCGAAGGGGAGAAGAAAAGACAAUAGAAAGAAUAGGAAGUAGACAAUACAAUUUUAUGAAAGAAAAAAAAAUACGAGCAGAAAUUAAAGAGUUUGGAUUAGAAAUUAAAGGAACUAAAGCAGACUUAAUUAAAUACCAUAAAGAGUAUUGUUUAAGAGUUAAUAGUGAAAGUGAUGCAAUAGACCCAAUUCCAAUUGAACAAAUUCGAGCAGAAAUUAAUGAAAGUUAUCAACACACUAAAAAAGAAAAACAGAAAGCAAAGAAAAGAGAAGUUAAAAAUACAGAAAGAGAUAAAACACUUCUUAAAUGGAUGAUUAAAGAUAUUCUUCAAAGGAAGAAACUUUCAAAUAUUCAUAAUUAA